AUGUGUUCUGAUAAAGAUACAUAUAGAAUCAUGGUUUUCAGACCAACUUGGAGAGAAUUUCAAAAUUUCAGUAGCUAUAUUGAGUUGAUGGAGAAGCAAGGUGCUCACAGGGCUGGAUUAGCGAAAGUUAUUCCACCACCUGAAUGGAGAGCAAGAAGAAAGCGUUGUGAUGAAAAUGAUAUUAUGAGUUUGAAAAUUCCAACUCCAAUCAGUCAAAUUGCACGAGGUAAUCGAGGACUUUAUCAACUACUUAAUGUAGAAAAUAAACGCAUGAUAGUAUCCAAUUAUAAAACAAUAGCAGAAUCUGAUGAAUUCAAGACACCUGGCCAUUUUGAUUAUGACGAUCUUGAAAAAAAAUAUUGGAAAAAUAUUAUGUACAAACCCCCAUUGUAUGGUGCAGAUGUAUCUGGAUCUAUCAUGGAUAAAGAUGUUGGUGUUUGGAAUAUUAACACAUUGGGUACAAUAUUAGAUUAUGUAAUUGAAGAUUAUGGUGUUCGAAUUGAAGGUGUCAAUACAGCUUAUUUAUAUUUUGGUAUGUGGAAAUCCUCGUUUGCAUGGCACACUGAAGACAUGGACUUGUAUAGUAUAAACUAUAUACAUGAAGGAUAUCCAAAGACAUGGUAUGCAAUAUCUCCAGAAAAUGGUCACCGAUUUGAAAGAUUAGCUAAUCGCUUUUUUCCAAUUCAAGCUUCAAACUGCCCUGCUUUUCUCAGACAUAAAAUGACUAUUAUAUCUCCUGAUAUUUUGAAACAAUAUUCUAUACCAUAUAAUAAAAUCAUACAAAAGCAAGGUGAAUUUAUUAUAACGUUCCCCUUUGGAUAUCAUUCGGGCUUUAACCACGGCUACAAUAUAGCUGAAUCCACUAAUUUUGCGUUACCACGUUGGGUCGAGUAUGGGAAAAGAGCUGUACUGUGUCAUUGUAGUAGAGAUUCAGUGAAGAUUUGUAUGGAUACAUUUGUUAAACGUAUACAGCCCGAAAAGUAUGAAUUAUGGCUUAAAAAAAAUAAUGUUGGUGCUCAUCCAAAAGAUACUUAUGGUACUUUAGAAGCUCCUCUGAUAAGUAAAUCUAACAUAUUAUGUAACAAAAACAAUACAGGUAAUCCAAAACAUAAUAUUAAAGCUGGUAGAAAACGUUGUCAUGGAACACUUCAAUCAGAUUCUGAAUUGCCUAAUGAUACAACAUAUGCAAAUAAAGCUAUAGAUGUAUCUCCAUCAACAAGUGUACAAGGGUUAGAUAAAAAAGAAUAUGAAGAUGAGCAACUGAAUGACAAACAGAGAGAAGUAAUGGAAAAUGUAUUGCUAAAAGCUGAUGAAAUGGAUGUCACAGAAGUAUCAUAUAAUAAUGGAAAAUCUAGACUUUUGAAUAAAAAUCAUUCAGUCUUGGAAGAAAUAACAUUUACAAGUGGUCCUGGUUAUUGUAAUGGUUCAGAUAAAAUAAGUGGCAAGCAAAUUAAGUAUACAAGACUAGAAACAAUAAAGAAUCCCGAAUCUAAGAAUAAGAAAAAUUCUAAAUCAACUGAGAAAAAUGUUGUUGCUUCUGAUCAAACUAUUAACCGUACAGGUUCGACAAUAAUUAGCUUCAAAGAGAACGAUCAUAGUAUUGAAAAAGUAAUGACUAUAUCACCUAUAGGUGUCGAGAGUCUCAAUUCUAUGAAUAUUAAUAGAAUUACAGAAGAGUCUCGGAUGAAUAAAUGUAUUAAUAAGAGUAUUAAAGAUUCAACAGUUUUUGACAAAACCUUAAACAAUGAUCAUUUAUUAUCUAAAAAAUGUGACAGUGUUAAUGAUAACACACAUUUAAAUGUGGUUGUGACUAAAUCAUUACCACCAAGUAAAUUGGAAAAAUCACGUAGUUCAUCUGUCACUAUUUCGAAAACCCACAUGAUUUUAAAAAAUCAACCAUCUAAUAUGACAUCAAUAUUUAUGACUCAAACUAAAAAAAAAAUAGAUUUGGAAUCAACACGGAAUUUUUUUCAACCAACUCUUGGACCUAUGCAGAGUAAGGAAGAAAAACAUGAAAUUGAUGGUAUACAGAAUAAAAUAAGUGAUAUGUUUAACAAUUAUUGCUCAUUUGAGGUAGAGCAAAUGUAUAACAUUUAUAGAAGCAUGGAUGACCCACAUUGUUCAAUAUGUAUGAUGUUAUAUCAUAAAAAGUUAACUUUCAACUUGGAUUGGCAAAUCAUAGCAAAAUCUUUCGUGUUACCCAACUUGAAGAAACCCACCAUAGCAUUAUUUAAGCAUGCACUUUCUGGCAGUGACAAGUUUUUUAAGGAAAAACUCAUAAGAUGUGAAAAAUGUUAUUUGACCGUUCAUAAAGUGUGUUAUGGUAUAACUGUAGACACAAGUAGUCAUUGGUUGUGUGAUCGAUGCAUGAAAAAUCCUAGAAUUGUUGCUUGUGUAUAUUGUCCAUUGAAAGGUGGGGCUCUAAAAGAAUUUAAAAUCAAUGGAUGGUCACAUGUUGAAUGCCAUCUUUUUGUGCAUGGCAGUAGUCCAUUAACUACCAAUACUUUUUCAACAGACUUUAUAACUAACCAAAAGUGUGUAAUAUGCAAUUUAACAUCUGGUAUUUGUUUUCGUUGCUCUGAAAGCAGUUGCUGUGCACAGUUCCAUAUUUCUUGUGGAAUAUUUGCCGGAUAUGAUUAUCAAAUUAACCAAAAGAGGAAGCAUAUUACUUUAAUCCAUUGCAAUAAUCAUUCAUAUAUUCCAGAUAAAAACCGGAUACUUCACAAAAAUCAAAAAGUAUGGGCAAAACACUUGCAACAUAAAAGGAUCUCUGAAUGUCAAAUUGUAAAAAUUGAUAAAACUCCUUUGGGUAUUGUGCAAUUCAGUGAUGGUACAAUAUCAGACAGUAUUAAACUAAAAGAAAUUAAGAAUUAUGCAAAUAAUUUUCCACCCAUUAACAAAGAAAUACAUUUAAAAUCUGGUGAUAAAGGUUUAUUUCUGGGAUUAAAUUAUAAGCACAUAUAUUCAGUUGAAUAUAACGAUGGUGCAUCUGAUUGUUUAUUCUCUGAUGAUAUAUGCAGUUUGGAUGAACAAUUGAAUAGCAGUCUACAACGGAAAGCUAAAUGACCAUCUGGG